AUGCUCAUCAACGAUCGUCAGACGCGGCGCUUCCGCAUGAUUGGUUAUGCAUCAUAUCCUCUGCGCCUGCUUAUCGAAACUGGAGUGUCAUCCUCCUCGGUCAGCCCCGCCGGUAGGAACCAGUCUGCCGAGACCAGUCAAGAAUCGAAGCCCAAUUACAGCCCUGUUAUCGAGAUUGGAGAUGUGCGCCAGCAACGCGUCUCCAGGGACCUGCAACCCGAGAACACGAACGAGGUAGAUCUGCUUUGGGGCAUUUGA